UUUGAGAGAAACGUUUUUUUCUUAAUUCGAAUCUGUUCGGUAAUUUUACAUUUUUCGAAAAUCGUAAUUUACAGGUAGGUACCUACGCAUAAUAUAGCCCGGUUUAUUAUUAUUUAUUUUUUCGCUUUUCGUUUCAAUCCUAAUCGCUAACUAUACCACACCACUAUGUGCCUAUUUAUAUUUUCUACGCGUUUUGGGCCUCAGCCUGUUUUGCAAAUAAAAUAAAAAUAAAUAACGAUGACACGCGCGUGGCGGCCGCCACCGGCCACCAAAGUGGACGACGGCCACGCGGUCUCGCGCUUGCGCACGUCGGUCUUGCUCCGACGGGUUUCACGUUUAGGAGGGACCACCGCCACCGACACCGUCAACAGUACGCACCGUUUCCUCGACCGUACCGCACGAUUACGACUGCAGCGGUGGCGACUACAGCGGUGGCAACGACGAAGAUAACAUCGUCACUUUUCCGACCAGACUCGUUUUUACACGUUUUUCUGCGUUUUCCGGACCGUCUACCGGUAGAUGGCCGGUUACUAAUAUCAUUAUCAUCUUGGUAAUAUCAAGUUCUGCUACAAAUUAUCGCAAAACAUAUUAUAAUAAUACUGAUAGACCCAGCACUAUACAGUAUUCGCAAUGGUAAGAUAAUAUUAUUACCAUUAUUACUAUAAUAUUAUAUAAUAAUUAUUGACUAUACUAUGCACGACGUGGUUGUCGUUAUAUGUAUUCACUUUUUUCGUGUUAUCGCAAAAUCUGUUAAACGCAACGGCAUAGCGAUGAAACAGCUAUGUUCGCGUAUUGCGAUUUACGGUUUCACAUUUAUUAUUUUGUGUGGACGGUGUUGGAGUUGGUAAUACUCGGCGCUCGAUAUUCCUUGUAUUUUUCUUAUUAACAGGGGAAAAAACGUCGGAAAAUGAGAAUAUUUUUCUGGGUUGUGAAAAUGGCGGUGGGUGUUGACUAUAAUUUUAUAAUCUUGUGAUUUAGAAAUUGAUUUCGGUCAUACCACUAAAAGUAUAUAGGUAGUAUAAUUUUAAAGAUGAACGAAAAUUAUAUACUUUUACCUCGGUAUCUAUAUCGUAUUAUAUGACAUAGUACCUGGGUAAUAUCAUUUAAAAGGUAUUAAUGCAAUCAGGUUAUGACGUGUUCAUUUAUUUGAAUGAGUUGACGGUAUACAAAAUUAUGCACUUAAAGUUCACUUCAUUCUUUAGGUGAAAACGCAUAUAGUUUAAUAUGUAUAAGCAAUUUGUUGAAAUCGGCAUUUUAAAUAUUUUUUUUGUGCAUGCACUUUUAUAUUCUCAAAAUAAAUCUCAGUUUAGUAAUGUUUGUUAAAUAUAUAUUUCUUGACGCCCCUGAAAAACUGAAUCCAGUCUUGACAUCAAAAUUAAAAAUGGCAUAUAGCACCCUGUUAUCAUAUCAAAUUCUACAUAAGUGUAUAAAUGGCACUAAUUAGUACGCUACCAAAGCCUGUAGGUUUACAGAUUUUGUAACUAGAGACUUUGAUAUAAAAAAAAAAUAGUCUAAACGUGACAUAAGUCUACAAAAAAAAACUCCAGUAAUAAUAUGUUUUAAAUAAACCGACGCUUCUCAGAAUUGGAGAUUUAAUAAUCACCGUUGUAACUACUUGCAUAAAUAUCGAGCUGGACCACUUGACUGAGAUUCCAAAAUAGAUGUAUUUGAGGAAAACUUUGGUCAUCUCAAAGAAAAAAUGAUAUCCUGGAUAAUAAGAACGGGUGCGGCCACUGUUAUAAAAAAUUGAAUGUAUAUAUGUCAGAAACGAUUAACCAUUGUUAACAAAAAAACGAUUCUGAGUAGUUCAGUUGAUAAUGUAGUUGCUUUUUUAACAAUAUAUAUAUGUCAUAUUAUGGUAAAAUAAUUACAUAGGUAAUAUAUAUUUUCUUUUUAAAAUAUUUGUUCAAUAUUGUACCUAUUUUCUCUAUUUAUCUACGGUUUUCCCGGAUUACCCGUUUAUUGAGAAAACUCCUGAUAAAAUCGAAAAAUGACCUCCGUAAGUACCUUUCUUGUCAGAUUUCCUUCCAGAAAAAGUGCUACACUUAAAAAUCAGAGCAAAAUUUCAGAUAGAAAAGUUGUGCAUAUAUAUAUAUAUAAAAAAUAAACAUCUUUGUAAAACCAUAAGCUUCUUCGCACCACUUAGAAUCUAAAAGUCUAUUCCUCAAGAUGCACCUACACGUUUAGGUUUUAUUUCACUGUUGUACCUACUGUAAAGGUACGACUGUAUAGGUACAGAUACGACUAUAUACUGUAUACAAAAAAGUCCUAAAUAAAAAAAAUAAACAAAUAUGCGAACCGUUACAAAGACUCUAAAACUACCAUUUAUUGUAGUAUCUAUAUACAUUUUUCAGAUGAAAUAAAAUCUUAAGCCAUUUUUUUUUUUUUUAUGCAUUUUUUCGACAUAAUUCAAACAAGUAUUAUUAUUUAGUAUUCAUUAUUUAUUCAAGUAUUAUUACAAUUAUAUUAUAAAAUCGUAUACAUAUUAAAAUACUCUAAUUUUCUAAUUGUUAAAAGCGUGAAGCAACAUUUUUGUUAAUAUGUCUUUUAAAUUUGUAACAAAUAUCAGAAGCAUACAGAAGCUUGCGAUCCCUCGCACACCCAAUAAAAUCGGAAUACAAUGCCGUUCAAUUUGUUCAUUAUAUUCAUUAUUACGGUUGAUUAUAAAUUUAUAAUAACACGGUAUAAUUCACCCUCAUUAGAAUCACUCUCCUAUUAUACAUAAUUCUAAAUUAACGCUCGUUAACACGUUGAAUGAUUAUUACGUUAUACAAUAAUAACUGUGAUUGUAUAUCCACGAAUGAAUAACAGCUUUUAAACCCUUUGUUGUCAUUAUUUAUUUAAUUUGCAGUCGUUUAUUGAUAGUUAAUCAAAUAUUGAAAUGUUCUAUUAGUGUUAUCAAAUAGGUACCCACAUAAACAUAAUAAAACCUAAAAAAAAAUAGCUGAUACUGAGGACGGGUGUGGUCACUGUUGUAGGUGGAUAGUUGGGAAUGUAGGAUACAUAAAAUUAUUUUAUUUAUACCUGUAACCAAUAAUAAAUCACAAGUACGAAAAACGAUUAAGAGCAAUGUUCGAUUAUACUGCAUGUUUUAAAAGGCCUUAAUAUUUAUAAUUUUCGUCAAAAUUUGAUUUUAAAACUUCUAAAAUAUAUAACAUUACAUCCAAUUAUUUUUUAUUAACAAUAAAUAUGACUUAUAAUGAACAUCCUGUCAAAUUUUUAAACUAUUUAGUCAAACAAUUUUAUCCAUAGAGUACCUACUAAAUAAAUAUUACGUAAAACUCGGAAAAUUAAAAUGUUUAUAAAUAGCUCAAAAAAGUCUUAAACGUUUUGAAAACUUUACCACGUCAAGAAAAAGUAAAUAUAAGUUUCUGGCAAAAUGUUAAGUCUAUGAAAUUGUUUAACCAAAUAAUAUUUAAAAAAAAAAAGAAGUUUUCGAAAUAAUUGGGAAAAACCCAAAAGAAAAGUAUAGGUAAAAAGGAUUGAUUAAUAUUAACGGUACCGUAGCCUUAGCUAGCCUAACCAAACCUUACCUAACCGUAUUUUAAUAUAUUCAGCUUAUUUUUAUACCAGAUAUUACUCGGAAAAUGACAAGAUAUUGAUUUUGUUCCUUAUAAUAUAUAGCCAUUGAUAGAGAAAGUCGUUUUUUGAUAUCUGAAGUAUUUUUCACAAUAAUUAGAAAAAACCAAAAGAUAAGAAAUGUACGAUAUUUUUCAACUUUUUAACGCACGAUUUCAUUAUCUUAAAUUUCUAUGGCUUAUAUUUUCUAUCAUAAUUUUCGCUUCAAUAGAAAAACAUUACGAGAUCUUUUUUGUUGAACUUUUAAUCUAGUUGGCUACCAAGAAAGUUGUUUUUUGAAUUUCUUUGUAGUUUUUUUAAUAAUUGAACGAAAUUGAAAAAUACCAAGAAAGAAUGGAAAAAUUUACAAAAUUAAUUCAUUUAUCAUUUUAAAUUUUGUACUAGGUAGUGUAGGUACAUAUAUUUAUCAUAAUUCAUAAUCACAUAUCAAAAUUAAUGUUUUUAUAUUUUUUGAAAUAAUAUUGUUUUUCGUACUUUUUAAUUUGUUUUUCUCGUUAUAAAAUAUUAUGAUGCUAAAAAAGUGACUCCUUUUUUUAUUUUUGCGCGUUAUUUUACUGACAAUAACACCAACAGAAUUUUCGAGAAUCCAUUUAAAAUAUUUUGACCUGUUGGCAUAUGUAGAGCUUCGUUAACUUGUAUGGUACUUGCCUAUACUCUAAAUCCAUAACGGAAAGAAACGUGUUACUACUUGAAACGCAUAUCCCGGAAAGGGUUAAAACUAAUAUGUAACCACUAAUCAAAAUGUGUCGUAGACAGUAUACGUUAGGUGUAAUUUUUUUUUUUAACUUUUUGAAAAACGUUAUAAAACAAAUAUUCGAUUACUUUAAUUAUAUAAAAUCAAAAAGAGUGAAGAAAGAUCAUACAAGAUGUAGCGAUACCGCAAUUUGUAUCCAUAAUAAUAAUUGACCUACCUUUGUGUCAAUGGUUUCAACAAAAAUUGGCCUCAAAAAACGCUUGCACUCCCUAUAAGAACUAAAAUAGAGUCACUGGUAAUACCUAUUUUGUUUUAUGACCAUUUUAUUUUUUAUUCUAAACAAAAUAUUAUCAUCGUGGUAGUUAUUUGAAACUUUAUUUGGUUUUAACACGUACAUAAUUUUAAUUUUUACAUACGGGGAUAUUUAAUAAUAUGUAAUUCAUAAAAAAAAAAACUUAUAAUAUAUUGUAAUCUGAUAAAGGUACGGAUGAAUAGGUUAUGUUCAUAUAUGGAUGUUUCACCUCGUAAUAUAAUUAAGUAAGUUUUUGUUAUAUAAUCCACAUACACUAGGAGAACAAUUUAAAACGAAGAAAUAAAAAAAUAAUUUUAUUAAAAACCAACAAUUAACCAUUAAGUACGUAUCUAUGCAGUUUGUAUCGUCGAAAUUAAUAAAAUAGAAUGUACUUUUAAUCAUUAACUUUCCGACGAAACAAAAUUUUAGUUAUAAUCCACGUAAAUUUUUAUAACAAUUAUGACCGUGUUUUCAUCAAUUUAAUUAUGUAAUAUGCAUAACAGAUAUAUCUUUGGUCCCGGGAAAAGAGUUUAAGUAAAUUUUUGAAAUUUUUUCUAUAAUUUUGUAUUUUUGUUUGGUAUAAUUUGUUUUAUUUUAUUUGUUUGUAUAAAUGUAAUAAGUUUGUUUAUAUUCUAACAUAUAGUGCUGAAAAUAAAAAUAUCUUUAGUCACUCUAUAGUGACUUAAAAAAAUUGGUUUAUUAUUUUUUUGUUAUAAUUCAGUUAAAAAAGAACAUCCACGAUAAACCAUUGCUUAUGCAAAAACGAUUCUGAGCGGAGUUCAGUUGAUAAUGAUGCUUUAUCAAAAAUAUAUAUGCCAUAUUAUAGUAAAAUAAUUAAAUAGGCUCUCUAUAUUUUUUUUAAUAUUAUUUGUUUAUGUUGUAUCAAUUUCCCCGGUUUUCCUACAUCUUUCCCGGUUUUCCCAUGUUUUUCCCAGUUUUUCAUAUUUGCUGAGAAAACUCUGGAGAAAAUCGAAAAACGACCUGUUUAAGAUGCCUCUCUAUACCAAUUUCCUUUCAGAAAAGAUGAUACACGUAAAAAUCAGAGCAAGUCUCCUCUGGUAGAAAAGCUGUUUACAAAAAAAUAAAUAAAUAAUAAAAACAAAAUAAACAUCUUUGUAAAACCAUAAGCUUCUUCGCUCCAUUCCGAAUCUAAAAUCCUUAGAGACUUGAAAUUUUGACUGAAAAUAUAUAUUUCAUUUAUUAUAAAUGUGGUACAAUUUUCAAAACAUUUUUUCAGCUAUUUAAAGGCAUUUGAAUUUUGAGUUUUUACAUAUAUUUUACUUGUGACGUAAGUACUCUGUAGAUAAAAAUUGUUUAGCCUAACAAAAUUACUUGAUGAUUUAACAGGAGGUGCAUCUAAGUUAUAUAGUGGCUAACAAAAAAGAUUUAAGUUUAAUGCAGUAUUUUUUUAUACAAAUUUUGAUGAAAAUCUUAAAAUAUACGAAAAUAAAUAACAACGAAGAGAAUACGGUCUUUUAAAACAAGUAACCAAACUCCGUUCAGAAUCGUUAUUCGUUAUCUUACCCUUCCAACUCCUCACUUACAACAGUGACCCACCCAUCGUGUGAAGUAUGUCCUCCUUUUUAUCCAUAGAGUUAUAAAAAUCCAAAUAAAAUAUAAUCAUCGACUAUAAUAGGUAUUACAGAUUCCAGAAGUCGGUCAAAACACAUUUAUUUUUCCUCGCCCGUUAUUUAUAUCUAUAUACUCAUAUUAUUAGAACAGGUAAGUCAAUUUACCAUACGUAUAAAAUAUAUCAUUAUUACAAUAACCUGAGCUGUUUUGUAUCAUCUAUACUUACGAAAAACUACUGAAAUUACCUAUUAUUAAUAUGUAUACGUAUAAUAUAUAUCUUUAUAAAAUUAAGAUACUACGACGCAAAAAAUAAAUAGGAAAUCAUAAUGAUAAUGGUACCAACCAAUCUACAUACAUAUAUAAUAUUUAUAGUUUAGUAUAAUUUGUAGACAUAUGCGAAACUAGAUAUUUUCAUUAGGUCAGGACAAAAUACAUGAAAAUCGUCCAACAUAAAAAAAAAUUUGUAUUAUUAACUCCAUAUUAAUGUAUAAUUGUUAAAAAAUAUUAACAGGUACUCGUAUUUAAUAAUAAAUUUACAAGUUUUAUAUACAAAUUGAUAAUAAAAGUCGAUGGUUAAAUGGCACCAAGUGUUUGAACUAUUCAAGGAUGUCAAAAUCAAAAUUAUUAUUCAUUGUUUCGUAAGUUUCGUCGUAGAAAUAGUUAUUACAACGUAAUUGCUGUUUUAAUUUUUUACAUUGUACGAAGAUUUUUAACUUGAUUAAUUAAAGGAUUUUGAAGUAUUAUACUUAUUACGUUCAGUAUUAAUUAAAGAAUAUGAUGUAUUAAUCGUAUCUGCAAAUAUAAUCCUCAUAUGUAUAUUUUAUUACAAGGACAAAGAAACACACACCUGUUGGUAUUAGGUCGGGCUAAGUAGUUUUGCUUAUGUUUGUAGAAUAUUAUUAUUUUUAAUAGUUUCUAAAUGUUUCGUUUUAAUAUAUAUAUAUAUAUAUUGCUCCGUAAUCCGAUAUUCAAUAAUUCGUAUAAAAGUAUAAAAUAAUUACACAAAACAUACAAAAUGUGAAUAAUAUUACGGUUUUCGAUUUAAACUGCAUACCAACGAUUACUGCGGUAGUCUAUAAUUUAGACAGACACAUUUGUUGAUAAAUUCUCGAGGCUUUCGCGAGUUUCCUUAUCAAUUAUACCCCGAAGUAUAUGUCAUUCUAUUAUACCUAUAUUAUACAACUGAUAUAUGUGGUCGUUGAAUAGUUCCACUCGCCAGUCCUAUUUAAAUGUACAAUUCGAGGCUUCCCGUUUAAAUUAUAUCCAAAUGGUGGAUUAUUCAAUUAGUCUUAAUCUUCAAGGUCCCCGUUGAUGUGUAACAUCAGUAUGAUUAUGUACCUAGUCGCGGUACUGUACACAUAUUAUUAUUAUAAUAUUGUGUAGGCUCGUGAAUUAUAUUAUUAUUUACUUCUUCUCUUUCAUCCUCACUGUUUCGGAUCGGCCACACUUAUCCUAAUCUUCCACUUGACCCGAUCCCCUACACCGUCCUAGCAUAUACCCGCCAUCCACAUAUUAUUCUCAAUCACGUCGAACUACCUUUUUUUCGGUCUACCUUUCCUCCUCUUUCCUUCUACGUUUAUUUUCAUUACAGUUCUUAAUACUUUUAAUUCGUGAAUUAUAUUACGUAUUAUAAUAUAAAAUAUACUAGUACUUCAGUUUUGUCACAGACUUUUGCUGGGUCACGUAUCUAUUAAGGUUGGUAUAGGUUAGGUACUCACUGCAUCCUUUCACUUGCUCCGCAAUGUUGUCGCAGUUUUAUAGAAAAUUGCCCUCGAUAUUAUCAUCACUUAUAUAUUAGAAAGUUUGCAAAGCGGUUCCCCGUAUGCGUAUUUUCUUCACUGCCCAUUUCUGUAUUACGGGUCAACUAUGAUACUUUAGUACUAUAAUGAUACUGAUUGCUUCCUAAAGGUUAAAUGCUGUGCAGAUUUUAAAGUCAAUCUAGUCCGUUUUAUAUUUCUCUUUAUGAUAUAUUCUUGUUAUUUAUGGAGGAAGAACGAUUUAUUAUUAGGAUUAGAUUGGAUGUUAAAUUAUAAAUUGUCGUUUCAAAUGUUACAAUAUAGAACCUUUUAUAUUUAUGUAUGUAUACAUAAUAUAUAUGUUUUAUAUAUAACAGUGGCGUGUACCCGUAGUGCAAAGUAUGUUCAUUCUUAUUUCUGCAAUAUAUAUAUAAUAUACAUAUAUUUAAGAACCCGGAAGCUAAAUGAUUUUAAUUUUUGAUCUAUAAAUAUUUUUUUGUGAAAUAUUUAGAGCGUAUGUUUUAUUCGAAACAGGAAAACUACAUGCCACAUGUUUGUUUGUACUCGGUACCUACAACUAUUAAUAUUUUAAAAAUAAUUUUGCACACAAAUUAAUAUGAAUCGUUUUUCUAAGAAACAUUUCCAGUCAUUAUUAUUGUUACGCGAUUUAAAGAUUGUUUCGUGAGUUAUAACAGUUUUUUAAACGCUUGUUGAUUCGGUAUAAAAUAUAUCGUGCAGUGUGCCAACAACAACUAUAUGUCUGCACCUCCGAGUUUAUUUGUCCACUCUAUUCAAUAAAUGGUACCUAUCUAAUGAUUACUUUUCUUUUAGUUCACGGAAGGGAUUUUUUUAUCUUGAUAGUCAGCGCUUUAUUAUUUCUAUAUGUUCUAUUUGUUUGUAAAAAAAUGAAAUUAUGUAAUGAAAACUCGCUGUUUGUUAUAAAUAGGACUCGGAAGUUAUUGCACUAAAAAACAUUACAAUUGAUUGCAUUAUUGCUGUAAAAAAUCCCCAAAUCGCAAUUACUUUUUUUUUUAACCAAACUAUUAAAAAAUAAUAAUAAUAAUUUUAAUGAUUAGUUUUAUUGGGUUAUUUUCUUAUUAACGUUUUGGAAAAAUAAUAACUCGUGCGUCGUAAUGUCAAAUGGUAUUUUCACCACUACCUUAACAAUCGACAAAUCCUAAUUGGUGACACCAAUGGUGAUAAGACACCAUUGUUGGGGGCUUGUCAAUAAAUAAAUGGUUCUUAUUAAUUUAAAUUUCACAGUUAGUAUUAAUGUUGGUGUUGUUGCUCAUAAUUGCUGUGAGGUCAUAGAGACAAUACAGCGGUCGGUUUUGGUAAAUCUUUAGCCGUUUAAAACGUUGCCCGGAGUACACUACGUGGAAGCGAUUUACCUUUGCACUCCGGUUCUCACUGGAGAAUACCGGGGGAAAUAUUAAAUAGCUUGAGGAUUGGAUGGCGGAGAACCCUGAUGGACAAAACAUUGUUACCAAUCCAACUUGAAACAACCAGGCUUCGAUCUGCCUUAACAAAUUUGGGUGACCCUAAAUCACAUUAGGUCCGGCCAUGGAAGGUGUAACCACAUUAUGUUCAAAUGAAAAUUAUAUACUACUCCUUCAUGUGACUGUGGUAAUGAUACGCAAACAAUCUCCCAUAUAGAAACUGAAUGCCCAAUCCGUGCAUUCAAAGGCACUCUAAAUGAUAUCCAUACAGCUAACGGGGAUGUAGUUGAUUGGAUACGGAACCUGGACAUUAAUUUAUAGCCUAUAUAUUCAAAUAUAUCACUUAUAUAAUAUCUAUUAUAUUAUAUAUAAUUAGGAAAACCCAAAAGAAAAUUAUAGGUAAACAGUAAAUAUUUGUGGCACGUCUCGGCGUUAUAGAUUUAAUUUUUUUUAAUUUUUUCAACUUAUGUUUUUUACCAGAAAUAUUGCUUCAAUUGAAAAUAUAUAAUGGAUCGAUUUUGUUCCAUUUUAUAUAUAUAGUCACACACAUUAAAGUCGUUUAUUGAUAUAUAAAUUUCAUUAUAAUUAGACGAAAAAAGCUAAAAAUAUGAAAAAUACAAUUUUUUUUUUCAUAUUACGAAACAACAAAUUUAUGGCGUUACGAUUUCAUUAUUAUACAUUUUUAGGCUUUCCAUUUUCUACCAAAAUUAUUACUUCAAUAUAAAAAAACGAGAGAUCUUUUUUGUUGAAUUUUUAUCUAGUUGGUAACCUAUAAAAUCGUUUUUUGAUUUUUUUUGUAGUUUUUUAAAUAAUUGACCAAAACCAAAAAAAAACUGUGAAAAGAACGUGUAAAUGUACGAAAAUAAUGCUUUUAAUAUUUUAAAUUUUGUUUUUUUGUUGUGAUUCAUUAAAAAUAUUCGUAUAGAUUUGAAAUUUGGACAGAAAAAGUAUUUUCGCUUUUUCUGGACGUGGUAUAAUUUUCAACCCAUUUUUGAGAUAUUUAUAGAUAUUUUAUAAUUUUGCGAGUUUUUUUAGGUAAUUUUUAUUUGGUAGGUACUGUGUGAAUAAAAUUAUUAGAUAAAACUGAAAUGCUUGAAAAUUGUAUAGUAGUUUCAUUGUAAGUACUUAAUGGUCAAAUAAAAAAAUUUAGUUUAAUAUAGUAUUUUUUUUUUUUAUAAGUUUUAUGUUAAAUCAAAUUUUAACGAAAAUCGUUAAUACUCACUCAAACUUCACUUUGAACCGUUAUCAAUAGUUUAUCGUUGGUUACAGGUGUAAAUUAAAUAACUGUAUGCAUCCCAUCUUCCUAACUACCCACCUAUAACAGUAGACACACUUAGUCCUAUAGUAAUAGCUUCUUUUUUUUCUAGUAAUUACAUGCCUUUUUUAUAUAAUACGAUAUAUACCAAUAAUAUUGUAUUAUUAUAGUAUUCGGUUAGUAAUUUGGUUUAACAAAUUAUAUUUCAGCAAUACAUGGGAUGAAAUUCGACUCAAUAGUAACGAAGCUCUGAUGCUAACAGGUUUUUAUUUUAAAUGUUAUAUUUAAUUAUUAUUAGCUGUGUAAUACUCCAUAUUAUUUUUUCUGGUAUUCGCUCUAAACAUUUAUUUUAAAUUAAAUGUUCUCGAGAAUUAAUUUGCAUUAAUUACACAAUAGUGAAAUAUAUGUGUACGUAGUGCAGGCAAAAUUAAAUGUGUAUUAUUGAAAUUGAUAAUGUGCGAUCUGUGUGCAUUAUAAUUUAUGAAAAGAAAAAUGUAGUUACUAUAAUUUUUCAUUAAAAAGCAAUCGGUAAAAUAGAAUUUUAAUUACGUGUGUAACGACCGCGCAUUCCGUUUGAACUCAUGGAUGUCUACUUACACAACUGUGAAUAAUAGGUAGUCAUCCGGUUAAAUUAUUUAAGAUAGAAUUCUUUUUUUCUUAAUAAUAAACGGUUUACAACGAGUAAGUGUUACAUAAUAUAAUUACAUUUUGAUUUAUUUUACGUCGUUGUAUUUCGAUUUCAUCAAUACCGGCUGUAGUUUGAAAUUAAAUCGGGUAUAUUACAAAAAUUCAUUUUGACGUAAUAUUAUUUAUGUCUUUUUAACAUUAUUUAAGAAAUCUCCGUUUAUAGUUUCACAAAAAUUCGAGACAAUGUUUAGUUAAUUUCCACUGCGUGUCCACUUCUCCCCUUAAAAAAACUCCACGAGCAAAAUUUAUUUUUAGAAUUCGAGUGGUUUAUCAAUCUAUCGGUUAUACCGUAUAUUAUCAAAACCGCUGAAUAAAUCAUUCGCUGGACCACAUGUAGCACAGAAAUUUAUACUUUUAAAGGAAACUAGAAAGUUUGGUUAGAUUAGAUUAGGGAGAGAAGAUAAAUACGAUACGAUAUCAAUAAUAAUAUUAUUUAUUUUCGGCUUGGUAAUGGUUCCUACCACUAUCAUUAUAAUAUAACGCCGAAUGUUAAACCCAGAACCUUAAUAAUAUUCCCUACUUAAAAAGAACCACAGGCUCAAAUAGAAUUCUCUGACUGGCUCAUUGAUUGCUUACAACGAAUUAAAUUUAUAGAUAACAUAAUUUAAAUGAUAAACAAUAAUACAUAUAAUAUUCUGCUUGUUAAAUGCCAUUCAUUAGUGGUCCAAACCUGAUACUGCUUGAAGAAAGUUUAAAGUGUAUUAAUAGCCUGAGUAUAUACUUUAACCCAAUGGCGACUCGUGGGUUUUUUAUUCUAGUUGUUAUUAUUUGAUUUUCUAAGCGGUUUUCAUAAUAAUUAUUUAAAAACCGGGAAAAAACGUAGUGAUAAAUUGACAAAUAUUUACGGAGUAACGAUUUUAUAUUUUUGUAACUUUUGUUUUCAAAUACGUACAAUAUUAAACGAAUAUUAUUAAAAGAAAUAUAUAAAGCGUAUGUAUUUAUUUUACGAUAUUAUAACAUGUAUAUUGUUGAAAAAACAAUGCUAUCAACUGAACUCUGUUCAGAAUCAUCUUUUCAUUAGCAAUAGUUAAUCGUUGCUUACAGAUAUACAUUAAAUUACCUAUAACAGUGGCUGCACCCGUCUCCAAUACUCUAGAACAAUAUUUUUUAUGGAGUUUUCAUAAUUUUUAGAAAAAACCAGAAAAAAUCGUAAAUGAAAACCGACAAAUUUACGGUGCGCAGCGUGACAACUUUAUUAUUUUAAAUUUAUACGCUUUAUAUUUCCUUACAAAAAUAUUUUUUUAACAAGAGAUCAUUAUUGUUGAAUUUUUAAUCUAGUUUCUGAGCAAAAAGUCGUUUAUGAAUUUCCGGGUUUUUUUUUUUUAAUGAUUGAGCAAAAUCAAAAAAAAAAAGUAUAAAUAAUUGAACAACAUACGAAAAUAAGAUUUUUUUUAUUUUUUAUUUUUUUUAUCCUGUGUACGAAAAUUUUACCAUAAAUCUUGCUCAGAUAUAUACGUGGGGCACCAUUUCUGAAAGAGAAUUUAAUUUAGAUGGUACUUUUAGGAGGUCAUUUUUUGAUUUUCUAAGCGGUUUUCAUAAUAUCUGGGAAAAACCAGAAUAAAACGUAAGAAAAACGGGAAAUGUACGAAAUUAAUGCUUUUAUUAUUUUAUCAAUUUUGUUAUUUGUUGUAAUUCAGUUAAAAAUAUUCAUAAACUUUAAAUUAUGACAUAAAAUGUAUAUUUAUCUUUUCAAGACAAGGUAAAAUUUUCAAAAAAAUGUAUGCCAUUUUUGAGCUAUUUAUAGACAUUUUAAUUUUGCGAGUUUUAUGGGGAAUUUUUAUUCGGUAGGUACUCUGUGGUAAAAUUGAUAGACUUGAACAGAAAUGCUUAAAAAUUUAACAGGAGAUUCAUUAUAUCUUACUAUGUGGUAAAAAAAAAAAUUAAUUUAAGUUUAAUUAUUUAUUUUUAAAAAUGAAUUUUGAUACUAUAUUUCGACGAAAAUUGUUUGAGUUUCCAUUAUCCUAGGAUGUCUUUUUUUGUUAAAAUCCAUUAAAAAAAAAUUAGUGAAGACUUUAAAUUUGGACAGAAAAUGUAUGUAUACUAAGUGAUUUUAUUUUAUUAUUUAUUAUUUUUUAUUUUGCAUAUGACAUCGACUAAAAUAACCUAACACGAAGAGGAAUCUUUGUGUCUCAGCGAUAGGUUAUUAUAUAACCUAUCAAAUUAAUAUGUCAUCGCCUUGUUUCUAUACUAUUUAUCAAAGUUUAUUUUACUCAUUCUAAAUAUAACACUUCUUUAUUUGUCUUCCUUUCCGUCCAUUUAAUUUUCUCAAUUUUCUCUUCCACCACAUAUCUAGCAUCUCUAGCACAAUAAUGACUACGUCUAGCCUCUAACUGUAGACAGUCUGUAUUAUAAUAUUAUAUCUUGUACUCAAUGUUAUUACAAUACGAAUAUUGUUUAAUUGCACGUGUGUUGUAUUAUAUUAUAUAAAUAGGCGUUUAAUUCCCAUCACUAUAUACCUUGCUAGUAUAGUCUUGGUAGACAAUGGUUGUUUAUGAUGUGCUGUCGGAAGCUGUGUGUCAAUGAACCAUCUUCAUUAACGACUUGUGCGGUAAACCGCACUACCAACACCACCGAAAACAGGAUGACGGUCGCAUGCUGGCAGUAUACACCUAUAUUAUAUACAAUAACAGUAGUUUCCUAUAGUUGGAAAAAAAUCGAAAACAAUACAAUGUAUUGUCGUGAAAAAUCUAGUUUUUUUAAUGUAUAUAUAUAUAUAUAUAUAUAUUAUAUAUUAUUUUACACACGUGAUAUUCAAUAUAUCCUCGAAACCUUAUACGUCGUGCACGUGUGUUUUGGAACCCGUCAUCGUUUCGGUGGGGAUAUUUUAUAUAAUAUUUCGCACGCACAGAUUGUGAGUGCAUCAUUUGAACCGCUCGACGCGACGUGUCGCUUUUGAUCAUUUUGUCAUCGAAUCUAUUCGGGAAUUAAUUAUUAAUAUUAUUAUUUAUGUACUAAUCUCAACGUUUUUAAAACUUCAGUUUAUUAGUUUCUACAUUUUCUAAACAUAACAUUAUCGAACAUUUACUUUUUGUAUCAAUUAUAUUUAUUUUUUUCGUGUAUGGUUUAACGUUUGCGACGGAUUUUUGUUUAGAGAUUUUCACUGAAUGACAUCGCGUAAAGACGUAAAGUUCGUUUUCAAGAUCACACCCGCUACUGCUAUCCCAUAAAUCGCUCAAACAAAUUCAAUGAAAUACAAAUUCAAGUAAUAAAAAAAACCCGUUUGUGUUUGUAUACAUAUGCCUAUUAUACGCAUGCAAUUUAAUAUUUAUUGGCAUCGUAUUUUGUGCUACAUAAAAUUGAUCUGUGAAUAUAUUUUAGUAUUCCGUUAUUCCACCGUUAUACGCUGCCUCGUGAAUAUGUCAUAAUAAAAUUAUUGUAAGUCAAAUAAUAUUAAUUUUACAGUUUGUUUUAAUUUAGUAUUUGAGUUCAAUGACAAAUAAUUAUAUUAAAAUAACGAUUCAAAUAGGUAUAUAAAAAUUAACUGAUAAUAGUUAAUCUUGUUUGUUUUAGAUUCGAAGUGUACCGAAGGAUCUAUUUGAUUUUACUAUGAUGUGUAUUUUAGAUUCUGAGCGUAGGGAGAUAUUGGUUUUAAUAAGAUGUUUAUUUUUAUUUAUUUUUUAGUCUGUGGGCACGUUUUUUCCUAGUAAUCAUGCUCCGAUUUUUACGUGUAGCAACUUUUCUGAAAGCUUAAGUUAUUUGGAUUCUACAUAAGGUAUCAUUUUUUGAUUAUCGACUUUUAAAUAAAAGCACUUAAAGGGGGAAAAACAUAGGAAAACGUACAAUUUCACGGUUUUAUUAUUUUAUCAAAAGACGGACGAAGUUUUCUAGCAGAGAAAAUGAUUUAAUCGAAAAAUCACUAGACACCAUUUUUAUUACCAUUAUGAUUUAUUUUCAUGCGGUAUCAUCAUGAAAACUUUUGAACUGCUUUUGAGGUUUUUUAUUUUUUAAUUUUAAUUUUUGGGAGUUUUUUUGGUGUAAUUCGAUUACAAAUAUACGUAAGUACUUUAAACUUAAUAAUAAUACUUAUAUUGAACUCACAUAAAUGUGGGAAAAUUGUCAAAAUAUUUGAGGCAUUUUAAAACUUUUUAUACAAAUUUUGAUAAUUUUGUUGACAUUUUAUUAAAAAUAUUCGUAUCAACUCGAUGGACUUAAUAUUUGGAGAAAAAACUUAUAUUUACCUUUCCUAGACGUGAUAUAAUUUUUAAACAAUUUAAGCCAUUUUUGAGGUAUUUAUAGACAUUUUAAUUUUGAGAGUUUUGUACGUAAUAUUUAAUAGGUAGGUAAUCUGUGGUAAAAUUGUUAGACUUGAACAGAAAUGUUUUAAAAUUUAAAAAAAGAUUCAUUAAGAGUUUCAGUUUAAAGUGAAAAAAAAUUGAGCUUAAUGUAAUUUUUUUUUUUAUAAGGGAAUAUUAAUAUCAAAUUUGUGAUGAUACAGCUCGUUUUUAGAGUUUCGAAUUUGUUUUCAUAAUAAUCGGGAAAUAACCUAGGAAGAUUAGAAAAAAAAAAUUACGGCACUUUAAAUUAUGUAUUACCGAACUGCGCUCAGAAUCGUUUUUUGUCAGCAAUGGUUUAUCGUUGCUUACAAAUAUAAAUGAAAUAACCCUAUGUGUUCUACCUUCUGAACUACAACAGUAGCCGCAUUCAUCUCCAGUAUCAGCUCUUUUUUAUUUUUUAUUGAUUACGAUUUUUUUCAAAUUACGAACCAACAAUUGCAUUAUUUAAAAUUUGUGUGGCAUGUUUUCUACCAUAAAUAUUACUUUAACAGAAAAACGACAAAUUACCUUUUUGUUCCAUUUUUAAUUGAGUUCGUGAGUAGUUUUUUAAUUUUUCUGGUAGAUUUUGUAAUAAUUGAUAAAUCCUGAAAAAUGACGAAAAAUGAAAGCAGAUAAAUUUACGGAGCUAGGAUCCUUUAUUUUAAAUUUGUACAACUUAUGUUUCCACCAAAGAUAUUGUUCCAAUAGCAAAAUACAGAUCUUUUUUGUUGAUUUUUUAGUCUACAUUUUGACCAAGAAGUAAUUUUUGUUAGUUAUAUUUUAAUCAUUGAACAAAAACUGAAAAAUACGUAUAAAAGAAUGGGCAAAUGUAAGGAAACAUUAUCCUAUCAAUUUAAAUUUUGUUUUUUUAAUGUUUUUCAGUUGAAAAAAGACGAAUAUACUUCGUACGAUGGGUGCAACUACUGUUAUUAGUGAAAAGUUGGGAAGGUAGGAUAUACAGAGAAAUUAAUUUGUAUCUUUAAGUAACAAUAAACCAUUGCUUACUAAAAACGAUUCUGAGCAGAUUUCAGUUGAUAGUAAUGUUUUGUCAACAAUAUAUAUGUCAUACUGUGGUAAAAUAAUUAAAUAGGUACUAUAUAUUUUCUUUAAAAAUGUUUGUUUAAUAUUAUACAGAUUUCCCGUUUUUCCAUGUUUCCCCAUGUUUUUUUCCGAUUUUUCACAUUGCUGGUAGAAAAAGUAUUCACAUUAAAAAAAAAAAAAUAAAUAAACAUCUUUGUGAAAUCAAUACAUUCUUCGCUAUACUCAGAAUCUAAAAUCGUAGAAACUUGAAUUUAUGACAGAAAACUUGCUUUUUCUAGACAUGGUAAAAUUUAAGAUUCUGAGUAAAGUGAAUAAUGUAUUGGUUUUACUAAGUUGUUUUUUUUUAUUUUUUAUAUUGUGAACAAAAAUUCAACCAGAAAUCUUGUUCUGAUAUGUACGUGUGGUACGAUUUCUGAAAGGAAAUAUUGUCUAGUUGGUACUGUAGAAAAGGCAUUUUUUUAAUUUUCUAAGUGGUUAUCAUAAUAUCAGGAAAAAUCCUUAAUAAAAUGUAAGAAAAACGAGAAAAUUUAGGAAAAUAAUGAUUUUAUAAUUCAGUUUGAAAUAUUCGUAAUGAUUUGAAAUUUGGAUAAAAAAAAACUUGUAUUUGUCUUUUAUAGAUGUGGUAAAACUGUAAAAAAACUUGAGCUAUUUAUAGAAAUUUUAAUUUUAUGAGUAAUUUUUAUUUGUUAGGUACUCUGUGGAUAAAAUUGUUAGACUAAUCAUAGAUGCUUGAAAAUUGAACAAGAGGUUAGGUUAGGUCGUACUUUGUGGUCAAAACAAAAAAAAAAUUGAAUUCAAUGCAAUAAAUUUUUUUUAUACGAAAAUCGUUUUAGUAAAAAUUAUGUGAACAAAUUUAGUGAUUGGUCUAUACAAAUCGUUUCAAUACAUAUUUAUUUUACUAUAUUAUGACAUAUAUAUUGUUGAAAAAUCAAAACUAUUAACCGAGCUCCGUUCAGAUUCGUUUUUCGUUAGCAAUGAUUAAUUUUUGCUAAAGGUAUACAUUGAAUUCCCCUCUAUAGCCUUCCCGGUUUAUCGUCUACAACAGUAGCCCACAUCGUGCGAAGUAUGUCCGUCUUUUUUUGCGUUGUUUUUAUAUUUAGAAGGUACUGUGGAUGAUAUUGUUAAACUUAACAGAAAUAUUUGAAAAUUUGACAGGAAGUUUAUUAUAUGUCGUACUUAGUAAUUAAAAAAAAAAAAAAAUUGAGUGUAAUAUGAUUUUCUUUUUUUACGAGUAAUAAAAUUAAGUUUUGACGAAAAUCGUAAAUAUUACAGCCUUUCAAAACAUGUAUACCGAAUUUUACUCAUAAUCGUUUUUUAUUAACAACAGUUUAUCGUUAGUUACAGGUUUAAAUUAAAUAACUUUAUGUAUCCCACCUUCUAACUACCAACUUACAACGGUGGCUGUACCCAGCCUCAGUGUCAGCUCUAUUUUUACUUGGGUUGAAUAUUUAUACAAUAUUUGUUCAUUCACUCUGAACAACAUUUGCAUCAUAACGUGUUAAAACAUAACGAUCAAAAUCUUAUUUGCAAAUUUUAAUUCUACUAUUUGAUUAAAAAUGUCUACUUAAUAAUAUAGUUAUUAUUAUAGCACAUAAAUUGCAUGAUGGUUUAUAAAAUAUUAUUGAAAUAUAUAUAAAUGCAAUGAUGUGUUAACGUUUAAAAUCAUUUCAAAAUUAGGCAUUCAAUUUUUAUACUUACUAAAGGUAAAAAAAUGUUGAUAUAGGUACUAUUAACUUUUUUCUUACUUUUACUAAAUUUAUUCACUUUUAAUUACGACGUAUUUUAAUUUAAAAUUUAAAAAGAAAAAAUGAGGAAAAAUAAUUUCCAUACAUUGUUUUCUAAUACGAGUAUUUUUGAAAUAUUAUACGUACAUAAAUUAUAAAUAUUUCUUAAUGUUUUUAUCAUAUAAAUCUAUGUACAGUACCUGUAUAAUAUAGUAGUGAGUAAUAAAUAAAUACAAUUUUGUACAUUUUAUUUGUAAUUAUAUUUUUAACUACCUAGUCAAAAUAAUAAAUUCUGGUACCUAUCUAAUAUAUUAUAAAUAUACUAUAUUAUAUUUAUACAGUAAUUUAUUAAUUGUAAAUUUGUUAUUAUUAUGCUACAUAAAAUAACAUAAUAUGUUAUCCACAUCAAAACGAAAUAUGAUAAUUUUGCUUUCUAAAAAAUUGACUUUAGUCGUAUGGAAUUACUCAGUUACAUAGUUGAAAUUAAAUAGUGAUAGUAUGCAAUAAUUUUUCACAAGAGACUUACAAAAAAAAAAAAUAAAAAACACGGGCAUAUUUCGCACGAUGGGUGGGUUAUGGGUAAUGAAUUACAUUAAUAAAACAAAAUUAAAAAUAAUAAAAGCAUCAUUUUUGUUAAUUUCCUUGUUUUUUCUUAUUAUUAUGAAAACCACUAGGAAAAUUAAAUAUGACCUCCCUAAAAUACUAAAAGUUUCCUUUCAUAAAAUGUUGUAUAUUUGAUACAUCGGAGCAAGAUUGUGAUAGAAAAGUAGAGUAGGAAAAAAAAAUUAAAUUAAAUUAACAUCAUUGUAAAACGUAAUACCUACGUCACUUCGCACAGAAUCUAAAAUACAUCAAAGGUUUAUGCAUAUAAAGAAAUAGUUUUUAUUUUUACCCGGUUUCUUCUGACCUUAUAUAUGAAUGAAUACUUAAUCAUAUACCUACAUAUUUUUGACAGCCGGUUCUUUUGUGCAAUAUUUAUGUAUAUUCAAGUUUAAUCGGUUGUAUCUCAUAUUAAUAAUAAUAUUAUUAUGUAAUAUGACAGUGGAUGACUGAUUUAAUACACUUUUAUGAUUCAAAACUAUUACUAAAUUUCGAAAAUGUCUAAAGUUAAUUUUAAAAAACAUUAUUUACAUUAUAUGUAUUUUUUUUUUUUUUUUUUGGUCAUAUGUUACUUUUAAGUUAUAAAUUAAAUACUAUUAUUAUAGGUUAUAAUGCUUUCAAAUUAUGAGCACAGUUAAUUUAAUAUUAAUUUUACUAUGAUUUGCAUUUUUUGUUUUUGUGUGCUUAAACAACUUUCUCACCAGAAAUCUUGUUCCGAUUUCCAAGUGUAACAUCGUUUAUGAAAUAAAAUUAUAUCUAGUUGGUGUAGUGAGAAGGCCCUUUUUUUAUUUUCCUUUUAGUUUUUUUAAUAAUUAAGAAAAUUGGGGAAAAUGUAGGAAACAGGAAAAUUUACGAAAAUAACUGUUUCAUUAUUUUCAAUUUUGUUUUGAAUUCUGAGCGAGGAGUGUAUUGGUUUUACAAUGAUGUUUUUUUUAUUAUUAUUUUACGGAUGUCAUUUUUUGAUUUUUCAAGCUAACCUACCUAACUUAAAGUUUUGUUUUUUUGUUGUAAUUCUGUUAAAAAUGUUCAUAAAAACUUGAAACUUGGACAGAAACCUUAUACUUGUUUUUUAUAGACAUAGUAAAGUUAUAUUUAUAUAUCAUGUUAUAUUGAUCUUUGGUAGGAAUAGGCAAAUAUUUAAAGUCAUUCUGGCAAUUUGUGAGUUAUUUAUAACCUUAUAUUAAAAUUUUACAUUUUCGAGUAUUUUUAGUUUUAUUUUGGUUUUAUGUGAAUAUAAUAGUUUUGAUGGAAAAUGAGUGUAAUAUAAUAAUUUUUUAUGAGAUUUAUUACCUAAGUUCAAAUUUUGACAAAGAUAUUAAACAUCACGACAUUUCAAAACAUGCUUAACCGGACUUCGCUCAAAAUCAUAUUUUGUUUGGAAUGAUAUAUUAUUGUAAAGGUACAGAUAUAAAUUAACUAUAAUUCUAUGUAUCCUACCUUCCGAAAUUUCCACCAGCUGCAGUGGCAUAACUAUUCGUUCUUUUUGUUGAUGUUUAUUUAUCUAUAUUUAUUGUAAUAAAUAUAACUACGAUACCUUAUCAAGUUAUAAAUUAUUUUCUUUGACUUAUUGCUCAUCCCCUGAUAAUAACAAAAUUCAUAAUCGCUUAUACUGCAACACUAUAUAGAUUAUCAAAUUUGUGUUAUUGUUUUAAGUGUUACAUAUUGGAACCAUCACGAGAUAAGAUUUUAACUACAUAUAACUUAUAUGGCAUAUUGCAUAUUUCAUAAAAUUCAAUGCACUAUAAACUAAAGAGUGGAAUGAAUUGCAUGCGCUUCGAGCAAUACACCAUUAUAAUAAACGGAAAACAUACUAUACGGUUUGAUAGUUAUUAAUUAUUGAUGUAAAUUUUUUAAUUGAAAUGAUAUAUUAUUUUCAUUUAUGACCAGCAAUCACCUCACAGACGUAUUUACUACUGUUUUAUAAAAACCCAGUGUUUUCCAACCUUUAAAUUUGAAUUAUUAUUUUAUCCAAAAAAGGCAAGAAAAAGCCUUAGAAACAAUAGAUAUUAUCCACGACCUCCCGGAGUACACUCUGUCGCAUUGUCGUAGUAUAAUAAUAUUGUAUAUUGUGACUGAUUUGCCUGUAAGACAAAAUAAUGACGGGAUUACAGUUAUAUAACAGUACAUUGUAUACAUUAAAUAAACGAGUGUAAAAACUAUAGUGUAAAAUAAAAACGGGUUUGUUAAACAAACUGAUCAAAACCGUUUUUUAGGGUCCGUCACGCUUUUUGGCGCGGUAGGAAACCAUGACCGCUACCACGUGGAAUCUGCAAUCGGGAACUGUAUAUAUUAUGCAAAUUUUAUAUAAAGGGGUGAUUAGAGUCAGGUCGUGGUAUAAUAUUAUAUGGUACUUAUUCGUAGGUGGGUAUUGUACUUAAUUUCAGAAAGAAAAAAAAACAAUUCACUUACUUCGAAAUAUAUCAGCUAAGACGGUGGUAUAAAGUGUUAGUUUAUCAAAAAUAAUAACGUCCUAAUCGUAUUUAAAUUAGUUUAACACUAUUAAUAAAAUCAGGUCCAUAUAAAUACAGUAAGGCAGUAGUUCAGUAUUAGGGGAUGUAUAGGGCAGAUAUUAUAACCACAAGUCUUUCCUAACGGGUCCACAACAUUUUCAUAAAAGAAGCUCGAUCGUUUUUAAACUGCUGCAUUCGGUGUAAUAUGAUUACGGUACAAUACAAAAUGCGGUAGGUGAUGAAUAUUUGCUUUUUAAGUUUCCCCCUCCACCAAAUAUUUUCCCGAAAAAUUAUAAUUAAACUCAUAUAGCAGUACUUAUAAUGUAGAACAAUAAAAGAGCUGAUAUGAGGAUGGGAACGGUCACUGUUGUAGGUGAAAAGUUGAGAAGGUAGGAUACAUAAGGUUAUUUAUUACAACCGUUGCUUGACGAAAGACGAUUCCGAGUGCAGUUCGGUAAUACAUAAUUUGAAGUACCGUCAUUUUUUUUGCGAUUUUUGUUUAAAUUUAAGUUCAAAACGCUUAUUAAAAAAAAAUCAACCAAAAUAUGGUCUCUUGUCGUUUUUCAGUUAGAGCCAUAUUUGUGCUAGAAAACAUGGUAGGUAAGUACCAUUAAAAUAACCUUAUUUAAAAUAACAAAAUCGUGAAAAAAUCGUAUUUAUUUCCCGUUUAAUAGUUUUUAUUUUAAACACCAUGUCAAAAAUCAAAAAAUGACCUAUGUAUUUAUCAAGUAGAUAAAAUUGACUUUCAGAAAAGAUGCUACACUUAUACAUCGAAGCAAGUUUACUAGAAAAAAUGUCCACAGACUAGAACAAAGAACAAAGAAAAAAGAUUUUAAUUUUAAAAGCUUUUAAAAUUAAAAUUACAAAAAUACAAUAAAUUAUAUGUUUAUUUAUUGAUUUUUUUUUCUAUGGACAACUUUUCUACCAGAAGACUUACUCCUAUUUUUACGUGUAGAAUCUUUUCUGAAAUGAAAUCAGUGCGAGGAGGUACUUUAGGGAGGUAAAUUUUUGAUUUUCCUAAAGGAAAAUGUUUUCAUAAACAACUUUUUGAAAAGUGAAACCAUGAGUCGUGGUAGGUUUUCGGGAAAAAAUUUGAAUUGCGGUCCUAAAAAGAUUGAGAACCACUGUACUGAUAUAUUAUUUUUUCUUUGUGGACAACUUUUCUACCAACAAUUUCGCUCCAACUUAUAAUGAUAGCAAUAAGUCUAAAAGAAAAUUUUACUGGGGAGGUACUUGAAAGGGAUUGUUUUGCAACUUACUCUAGUGUUUUCAAAAACAAAUGUGUAAAUUGGGAAAAAACAUGGGAAUAUCGAAAAAAAUGUACAAAAUCGGUACAAAAUUAAACAAACAUUAUUAAAGAUAAUAUAUGAUGCCUAUAUUUAAUUAUUUUACUUCAAUAUUACAUACAUUUUGUUGACAAAGCAUUUUUAUCAACUAAAAUCCGCUCAGAGUCGUUUGUCGUUAGCAAUGAUUAAUCGUUACUAACAGAUAUAUAUUAAAUUACCUAUGACAGUGGCUGCACCCAUCCUCGUUUUUAUCCUAGGAUAUCUUUUACUUGUUUUAAACUGUAAAAAUUCGCAAAAAAAAAAGGUAAAAUAAUGGGGACAGAUGCAGCCACUGGUGUAGGUGGGAAGUUGGGAAGGUAGAAUACAGACAGAUACAGAAACAAACCAUUGCUAACGAAAAAACAAUUCUGAGUGGAGUUCAGUUAAUAGUGAUGCUUUGUCAAUAAUAUAUAUAUUCCAUAUUAUAGUAAAAUAAUUAAUUAGGCUCUAUAUACUUUCUUUAUUAAUAUUUGUUUAAUGUUGUUCUGAUUUCCCCGGUUUUCCUAAGUUUUUCCGAUUUUUCUAUGAUUUUUCCCAGUUUUUCACAUUUGCUGUGAAAACUCCGGAGAAAACCAAAAAAUAAUCUUUUUAAAAUAUCUCCCCAGUAAAAUUUCCUUUCAGAAAAAUUGCUAUCAUUAAAAUUUAGAGCAAAAUUGCUGGUAAAAAAGUUGUCCACAGAAAAAAGAAUUUGCAAUAUUAUACAAAUAUAUUUCGUACAUUUUCCCGUUUUUUUUAGGUUUUUCGAAUCUGAUGAGAAAACUCUUAAGACAAUAGAAAAAAAACCUCUUUUAGACACCGCUUACACCGAUUUCUUUUCAGAAAAGUUCCUACACGUAAAAAUCAGAGCAAGAAUGCUGGUAGAAAAGUUUUUCCACAGAAAAAAAAAUAAAUAUCUUUGUAAAACUAUAAGCUUCUUCGCUCCAUUCAGAAUCUAAAAGGCAUUUUCAAAUUUCAUACUAGGACUCAUUAACCUUUUUAAAACUACACUCUUGGAUUUUUAUCAUCCCACACCAACGUGACAAGUGGAUACCUAAAAGUCCUGAAAUAACAAAAACAAAUACGAGUUGGAUAAUAUACACAUCAAAUCGAAAUUCUUUUAUAAUACAUGGGGGGAAAAAUCUGGUUUGCAAUAUAAUACAAUACACUAUGAUAUGUAUGUGUAAUGUGUAUAUUUGUAUAUGGUGUAUAUUGUUUGGUGAAGAAAUGGUAUAUUUUUGAAAAUAUUAUUAAACGAUUCGUUAUACUCUAAAUCUCCGUAGUUAAUCGCGAUGGGUUUUGCUGUAUAGUAGCUGUAUAAUUUCAUUGUAGUAUUUUUUUACAAAAAAUUCUUCGCCUAUAUUUUUCAUUGGUGAUUUACGAUUAUUUACGGUCAUCUUCGUGGUGAUAUUGUUAUUAUUUCGGUAAAAUGGUGUUUUCAUUUUUGUUAGUGAAAAUAACAAUAAUAACAUUUUACCUACAGCCUAUAAUCCUAUAUAAUAUAUAAUAUCUGUAGGUUUCUCGAGACAACUACACUUGACUUAAUUGAUCGCCGUCUCCAUCACUUUGUAGUGUAGUUACACUGAAAAGUAUAGUUAUACAUUGUAGCUGAUAUAGGGAAUACGCUCGUUUGUCAGUAGUCCUAAAGUCGUAACAAAACGAACCGAUCAAUUUAGACGAGACGCUUUUUUUAUACCGUUAAAACACUUAUAAACACCAGUCUAUUAUUGUUUUUCCCGGGCCGAAAAUAGAAACGGCUACUUAAAUAAUAUAUUAGAACGAAGACAUUAACGGCCGGGCUAACAUACAAAUUUCUGUCGUCGGAAUUAUUAUGCUUACCUACUUACACACGCAUCACAAACAUCAUAAUAAUAAUUAAUAAUAUGCAUUAAUAUAAGUACGAUGCAGUAAAUAAUUACGCAUUUUACACGUAUUAUAAUAUAUACUUACACGAAGUUUAUACAAAAUGUCUUUGUAUAUAAUUUUACAUCGAUGUACUAUACCUAUAGUGGAAAAAAAACCAAAAUACCAAUUUUCUUGACUAAAACACUAAGCAUUCAUCUUGUUUUUUUUGCAUGUCGUCUAUCGUGCCUAAUGACUAGGACUGUGAAUUAAAUGCAGCAAAAAACCUUAAAAGUGCACAAAACAUGUACAAAAAAUUCAAUAAUAUAUGCAUUUAAAGUUUCAAAAAAUUCAAUAUAAAGUGCACAUAAAAUGGUUUUUAAUUUAAUUUUUACAUUUAUUUUGAUAUUUAUUACUGAUAUUAGUAUAUUAUAUACAUACAAAUUUAUUUAUUUUUUUUUUUUUAUUAAAUAAAUAAAUACAAAAAUGUUGAUCGAAUUUGAAUGUUAAAUAAGUUAAUUUUUAUAAUAUUACCUUAUUUUAACGAAUCCAUUAUCUUUACCUAACCCGUAUACAGUUUGUGUAAAAUAUUAUUUUAUAAAAUAUAAAUUUGACGUAUAUACAUCCUGUUUAAAAAAAAUAUAUAUGUGUAAAGGUAUUAAUUGACGGAAUUUGAUUAAAAAUACCGAAAAAUGAACUGAAAAAGGAAAGUAUGACUCAAAAGUCUAAAAAUGACCAUAAAAAUUUAAAACGUCAAAAAAUGCAAAAUAAAAGUUUCAUAAAUGAAUUUAUUGUGACAUAAUUCAAAUUGUGUACUUAGAAAACUACGAUUCACAAUCAGCUAAAAAAAAUGCACUUUCCUACAAAUUCACAGCCCUACUAAUGAUCUAACCUGACUCAACGUAUCCUAUACACGAGAUUUUUUUCCUACACGCAUGUCCUCUCACAAAAUAAAGGUAAUUACGUUUUAUUUUUUUUUCUAAAUACAGCGUUCAUGAGGUGGAUGACCCGAUGGACGGCGACACGGCAUACACGUCGAGGAGGAAGGCCCUCAGGACGUCCUGGACUCUGUUGAUAUCAUCUUUCGCAUUGAUUGUGCUUCUGUGUGCACUAUGUCUGUUCUUCUUCUUUCAUCCGAGAACGUGCAGUCAGCAGAUGGCCGGUAUCAGCAGUGGCACAUUCGGUUCCACAGAGACCAUACUGGACGAAAUCCGCGGGGUUGACUAUGGAAGACUAGAAAAUUUCGGCACGACUGACGUCCGGUUGCCGGCCAAUGUUAUUCCGGAAUCGUAUGAUCUGAAGAUAGUGCCGUUUCUGUGGGCCAAGCCCGGUAAUUCCACGUUUGACGGCCAAGUGGAUAUCGUGGUCAACGUGACAGCUCCUGUGGAUGGCAUAACGCUACACGCCGCCGACCUUAACAUAACAGAAUGCUUGGUCAGCAGGUCAGUGACAUGAUAAUUUCAUCUGUAAUCCCACAAGUAUAAAAUGUUAAAUUUAUUUAUUGUCCUUAUAUUCAUAUCUUAUAGGUUUCCGAGAAUGGUACCAAACGAACACGUGAUGGCUGAAAGUACUUAUAUAACCGUACAAGAAAUACAAAAAGAUCUUUAUAAACAGUUCUUUAUCAUCAAGUUCCAAGAUGUACAGCCAGCUGAUUAUCAGUAUAAUAUAAGUUUGAAAUACACUGGAAGACUUCAAGACAACAUGGAAGGGUUUUACAAAAGCUCUUACACCAUAGGAAAUAUGACUAGGUAUUAUUGAUGCAACAUAUAUAUGUAUAUACCUUUUAUAUUAUUUAAUAUUGCGUACCUAUUUUAGAUGGAUUGCUGCGACACAGUUUCAGCCAACGGACGCAAGAAAAGCAUUUCCAUGUUUUGAUGAACCCGCUUUGAAAGCUAAAUUUACCGUAUCCAUCGCUAGACCCGCCCACAUGAGUUCCAUAUCCAAUACCGGUCUGAAGACCGAACCUAAUUCCAUCAAUAAUAUGCUUAAACUGUAAAUCGAUAGUUAAUAAAUCUUGAAUAAUGUUAAUUUUGAACCACACCUACUUAAAUAAAUGUGUUACAGGUCGGGGCCUUUAUUGUCGUACAAAUGGGACACAUUCAAAGAAACUGUACCGAUGUCUACAUAUUUAGUGGCGUUCAUUAUUUCUGAUUUUGAAUAUUUAUCCUCAGAGACUUUUAGAGUAUGGGCAAGAAGUGAUGUGCUAUCGCACACUCAAUAUGCCAGAGAUAUCGGUCCUAACAUACUUCAGUUUUACGAAGAAUUUUUUUCCAUACCUUACCCGUUAGAAAAAACUGACCUCGUCGCACUCCCAGAUUUUGCAGCCGGAGCCAUGGAAAAUUGGGGUCUAGUUACAUUUAGGUAAGUGUGUUUCGUAUUUAAAACGACUUAUUGUUUGUAACCUAAAUUAAACGUAAACAUAUUGAUUGACAUAAAUAAAUAAAAUAAUUAUAAUUGAUUUUUAGGGAAAUAGCUAUGUUAUAUAAUGAAGGUGUUUCUCCCAAUUCUCAGAAAGAACGAGUGGCAACGGUAAUUGCCCACGAACUGGCACAUCAAUGGUUUGGUAAUUUAGUUACACCGGACUGGUGGUCAGAUCUUUGGUUAAACGAAGGAUUUGCGACUUAUAUCGAAUAUGUGGGGGUAGAUCAUGUGAGUGUGCGGGGUACCACGGUCAAUUUUUUUUUAUGUUUAUGAAAUAAUUGUUUAUACUCGAUUAUAGGUCGAACCAAAAUGGAAAAUGGAGGAACAAUUUAUUUACAGCGGUAUACAAAGCGUGUUUUUAAUGGAUUCGUUGAAAUCUACACAUCCGAUAUCGGCACGCGUGUCGAGGCCGGAGGAAAUCAACGAAUUAUUCGAUCGUAUUUCCUACGAUAAAGGUGACUUGACACGUUUUUUUUUUUUUUUUUGUCAUUCGUGUGACUAUAAUAUUAUUAUAUUUAACCUUUAUAUUUUUAUUCAGGGGCAUCUGUAAUUAGAAUGAUGGAUCAUUUUCUCACGCGCCAGGUGUUUCGAAAAGGCUUAACCAAAUAUUUGAACUCAAAGUGAGAUAUUUAUAUAAAUUAUAUACUCGUACAUAUUAUUUAUGUACUUAUAAAUAAACAAUUAACAUGAAUAAUAAAUUAAAUAAUAAAACAAGUGUCUUUAUUUGUAUUUUACUAAUUUAUUCAUAAUAUAUUCUUAUUUGGUCAGAGCUUACAAGAACGCAUGCCAAAAUGAUUUGUGGGACGCUUUGACCGAACAGGCCCAAAAGGACCACGUAAUGGAUAAUACAUUGACUGUAAAAGACGUUAUGGACACUUGGAUAUUACAAUCAGGAUUUCCAGUUGUAAACGUAACCCGUAAUUACGAAGACGACACGCUUAUCAUUUCGCAGGUAGGUGCCUAUAGUUCAAUCGUCAAAAUAUCCUUUGUUUAAUUUCAUAGUUUUGAAAUUAUUUAAGUUUAGUAUAGGUAUAUAUAUAUAUAUAUACGAAGUGCUCGAAUUGGGACAAAUUAAGUAGAGGAGCUCAAUCCAAUGAUUUAAAAACUGCGUUCCAAGUGCACAAUCACUUAACACAGACUCGUGGGAUGGGACUUCGCCCCCUACACAAGCCCCCCCCCCCCGUUCUACCUUACCAGCAUUUUGAAUACCAUUUUUAAGCAACAAAUAUUAAAAUUCCAAAUCUAUUUUGAUAACAAUACCUACAUCCUGCAUGUUGCAGUAGAAAAUACAAAUUAUAUGAAUAUUGUACCCUGAUGAUAAUAUGUUAGCAUUUUUUUUUUUUUAUCGCUUUUCUGCGGAUGAUGGAUGUAACCACCAUUGAGUAAUUACUCUAUGAUAACCACAUGGUCAAAAGUUUAGUUAAAUAAAUUUAACUAUGCGGUAUCGUGUAAUAAAAUAUCGAUAUACCUACCAUAUGGUAAAAAAAAUAUAGUAUCAUAGAAAAGAUGAUAAUAUCAAACUAAUAUCGAAAAUAAUUUUCAAAUAAAAAAUAGUAAAAUUCAUUAUAUAAUUGACAACAAUUGAAAUCCACAUUUUAAUAAAAAGUAUUUCGGAUAUAAGUUUGUGCCGUCGCCCUAUUCCAGUAGAAAAAUAUAGUUGGAGUACGCAAAAAAAAUAAAAAAAUAGUAGAGGUGCUCCAUCCCCUUGCACUCCCUACUCCAAUUCAAGCACUGCAUAUACGAUUAGAAGAUGUCCUGUUUAAAAUAAUAUUAAUUAUAAUAUUAACUGUUUACGGCCUGUAUUCCAUUAUUUGUUUCCCCCGGAUGUCUAUUUUAUUAUUAUUGAGGUCGUGUCUUCCCACAUCACUGAAUCCUAUUUUUCCGACGGCUACAUGUAAACACAUACAAAAAUGAUCUUUUUACCUGAAUUUAAAACAUAGUGUAAAUUUCUACAUAGACCCUUAUUAACCGGCCAAAAAUAGAUUGUGUUACCCGUACACAGAGCUUUAUACAUUUUUAAAUUUGGGAUAGGUAAUGCUUAUUGCAUAUUACAACACUUCUUACAAACUACGAAUACGUACUUUUAGUUUAUAUGUAUUGUAAGUAUGUUUUUAUUCUUUUGGAGAUAGUAUAAUAUUAAAUUCACCGGGAUCCAUCAAAUGUACAUACAAAAUAAAUUUCGUAAAUAACGUAUACGUUAUUAGUAUUUAGUAUUUAUUUAUUAUUUUCAAACAAUCAUUGGUUCAAUAUAGUUACAAAAAUUUACAUAUGUAAUCACUCACCUCCUUUAAGCAAUGCUUGUGAUGGAGAUGGAGAGUGUUUAAAAAUAAACAUACAAGUUAAAACUUAAGACUUACGAAAUAAUAUAAAAAUAAUUUGUUUUCUAGAACAUUUAAGAAACAAACUGCUUUACAAUAUUAUAUUUAUAUUAUUUUUUGUCACCCCUAUAUUUGGGGAUAAAAACAUCACUUACUUUUGAUUUUCAUAUGACAUAUAUAUUAUUGACAAAGCAUCACUAUCAACAGAACUCCGUUCAGAAUCGUUUUUCGUAAACAAUGGUUUAUUGUUGCUUAGAGGUAUACAUUAAAUUAUAUAUAACAGUAACUAUUAUCUUAGGACGUCAUUUUACUGUUAAGAAUUAAAUCAUUUUACAAGUACAGUAUAAUAAUUUACCUAAUAAUUUUGUAAAGCUACAAAAGUUAUUAUACCGAUUAAUAUUAAUAUUUAGAGACUUUCAUAACAUUUUAUCAUUGUUAUUCAAAAUGGCCUCCAUUAUUAUGGUUACAUUUUUGGUAUCAAUAAUCUAUGUAUAAUUGAAUCUAUUAUAUUUAAUUAGUGUGUUCGUCUCUUAAAUCAUCGUAUAUGAUCUAAGGUUGAUCUUAAUUAUAUUGCAUCAGAUACUAUGGUAAAGUCUACAGUUAUUGGUACCUAAAGAAAAAAUUGGAUUCUAAAACAUUUUAUUGAUAAUUUAACAGUGAUUGAUAUCUUGGUGACCCCAUUGAUUAUAAUCGAAAUAUUUUAAUCUGUAAUUAGAAUUUAAAUCCGUUUAAUAUAUUUAUUUUUUUAAGAUUCUAAGUGUUGCGAAAAAGUUUUUUUUUAUGUGAACACUGUUUCUUAAAGAAAGCAAACUCCAAUUAUCAAUAUAGCACCUUUUCUAAAAGAAAAUAUUCUCUGAAUAGUACUUUAAAGUGGUAAUUUUUUAAAAUGCUCAUUAAUAUUCGAGAUAAUGGGGAAAACCUGUGUCUUUAGGUUAAACAAGAUUGAAAGAUUAAAAACAAGGUUGUCAUUGACAACGGUUUUGAUUUAUUUUUGUUAUUGUUAAGUAUUACAAUUUUUUUUUCUGUGCACUACUUUUCUACCAGUAAUUUUGCUCCAACUUAUAAUGAUAGCAAUGUUUCUGAAAGGAAAUUUAACUAAUAAGGUACUUUAAGAAGAUUAUUUUUCAAUUUCCCUAAGAGUUUUCUCAGAAAAUAUGAAAACCGGUAUAAAACAUAGGAAAACCAGGAAAAACGUAGGAAAACUGGGAAAAUCGGUACAUUAUUAAACAAAUAUUAUUAAAGAAAAUAUAAAAAUAAUAUAUAAAGCUUAUUUAAUUAUUUUACUACAAAAUGACAUAUAUUGUUGAAAAAGCAUCAUUAUCAACUGAACUUCGCUCAGAAUCGUUUUUUCGUAAGCAAGGGUUUAUCGUUGUUUACGGGUAUAUAUUAAAUUAUCUAUAACAGUUGCCGCAACCAUCACUAUUAUUAUAGGACGUCGUUUUUAACAUAUUUUUUUCAUAUUAUUUAACAUUUUUUUAUAAUAUUAUGUUGUAUUAUUUUUCAGAGUCGUUUUGUUCUACAUGAUGCUAAAACUGGGGAUAAAAAUGACCAACCGAAAAACCUAUGGUGGAUACCGCUCACGUAUACUACGGCGACUAAGUUGGAAUUUUCGGUGACAAGACCAAACCUUUGGUUUAAACCGGAAGAAAUGAUGAUGAUGACUGAAACAGGAAUACCUGCUGACCAUUGGGUGUUAUUCAAUAUCAACGAGACGGGAUUUUAUAGGGUCAAUUAUGAUCCGAAAAAUUGGAAAAUGCUAAUCGAAUAUUUGAACGACCCGGAAAUGUACUCUAAGAUCGGUCAGUGGAUUUUGUAUAUUUUGAUUUUUUCUCGAGUACAAACGUAAUGACACAUUUUUAUUAAACCCUGAAUAGGUACAAUUAACCGAGCUCAGUUGAUUGACGAUGCAAUGUCUUUAUCGAGGGCAGGAUAUUUGAGCUACCAAACUUCUCUCGAUUUAACUAAAUACCUUUAUCACGAGACCGAGUACGUGCCUUGGAAAUCGGCCUACAGGUCAUUUACCUAUUUACACCAAAUGCUUAUCAAAACUGCCAUUUAUGACAAACUAAAGGUAAAAUGAUUUUGUUUUUAUGUUACUAAAAUUAUGAUUAUUAUUUACGUUGAUUUAAAAAAAAAAUGUUUAUUUUUCUGCUUCAAAUUGUUUACAGUCGUACGUUUUGCAUUUGAUAGCCCCGAUGUAUAAAAUAACCGGCUUUGCUGACAAUUCAAAAGAUGAACAAUUGGUUAUUUACAAAAGAUUCAAUCUGUUAUCUUGUGCUUGUGAACUAGGACAUUCCGACUGCGUUCGAAACGCGGUGGUUCAAUUUCAAAAUUGGCGAUCGAAUCCUCAACCGGAAAAAAAUAACCCGUAAAUAAUUGUUUUUAUUUUUCUCCCCAUAUUAGCUAUAGACAUAAUAUACUAAAAUAAAAUACCUAUUCAUUUAUUUAUUAGUUUAUGUGUACGUGUAUUGAUAUAAAUAUUCAGAUGGUUUUUUUUUGUAGGAUUUCGCCGAACCUUAAGGCAAUUAUAUACUGUACUGCCAUUAGUUACGGGAGUGAAGAAGAAUGGGAUUUCGCGUGGAAAAUGUACAAAAUGACCACGGUUGCUUCCGAAAAAGAUUUAUUGCUGGACGCUUUGGGGUGUAGCAGAGAAACGUGGAUUUUGGCCAGGUAAUUCACUAUACAAGUAUAUAGGCAUCACUCAACCGGUAUACGCUCGCUGCGUACAAAAUUAGAUACUAUAAAUUGUAAAACCUCUCGCUCGUUGUAAACUGUCCAACUGUCCAUAAUGCAUUUUCCAAGUGUAAAUAAGAGUGAUUCUUUUAUCGUUGAACAUUCAUUAUUACGCAAAAUAUGUUACAAAUUAUUUCCUAUAUAAAAGAUAGCGCUUAUUAUUGUGAGUUAUUUUUCUUUCCGAGAAAAAAUAAUCCAAGACUACUGUUAAUUAGCUAACGGAUUUCUACGGUCCAUGAUAAUUCGGUAUGAAUAUUUUUAAACUCCGAAAACAUACCGUCCGCAACAAUAUGAUUUAUGCGUUCAUUUUUUCUGGAUUUCUAUUGUCCGGGACUAUACGAUCUACGUAUACAUUUUCCAGAUUAAUACGGUUCGUGAGAUUACUUUCCUUAAUUUUACGGCUUCCCCUACCCCCACUUUAAUUCAGCUCUAAAGGUAAUACACACCAUGAUUUCAUAAUGCAUAUACAAUAAAUACUUGUGAUUUAGUGAUAUGGGGCCACUUUUAAAUUGGAUUAAAAGUGAAUUUGUAUGAUUUUGAGUUGAUCAAUUUUCAUUUUCACUUUUUUUUCGUCUAAUAUUUCGUUAAAAUUACUUUUUAAAUAUUAGGCGUCUUUAUGUUAAAAAUCACGUAAACUUUUGGCAAUAGUACAAUAGUCGUAUUCUGAAUACUUAAAUCACUAUAAUAUCAUAGGUUCCUCAGUUACGCGUUGCAAAAUGAUUCAUCGAUAAGAAAUCAAGACAUUAGUAAAGUAUUCUAUGCUUUGACUAAUAAAGUAGCCGGUCAAGAAGUGGCGUGGAAUUAUGUCCGAGAUAAUUGGCGUGAUCUGAAAUCAACGUAAGUCUCAAAUAUCUAGCUAAACAAUAAUAAACAGGUACCUAUAUAAUAUUAUAUUAACUGUAAUUAUUAUUAUAUGAUUUUAGUUUUGCAUCGAGUUUUUCGACAAUGAGCGAAAUCAUAAAAUCGGCAACGUACCAUUUUAAUACUAAAAACGAUCUGAUUCAAGUACGUAUACCCUUACGUAGAUCCCUAUCGCAGUAUUACCGACAAGGAAAAUUAACAAUUUAUUAAUAUUUAAAAUGUCGAAUAAAUCUCCAAGACAUGUAAACUUACUUGUGAUGAUAAUUUACUCAUUUUCUAAUAAAAAAAAAAAAAAUGUGUUUUUUAGUUAUGGCAGUUUUACAAAGACGAACAAGAUUAUUUAGGUUCAGCCCGAAGGAGUGUAUUGCAAUCAAUAGAAAACGCACAGGCAAAUGUUAAUUGGAUGGAAAGGAAUUACAAAACAAUUAGCAGUUGGUUGCGAAAUAUCACCUCAUCCCGAUAUACCAACGAAGUGAAUUAGAUUAAAAAUACACAUAAUGGUUUUUUUUUUUUUUUUAUAAAUUGUGUAGAAUGUAAAUAUUAUAUUAUUAUAAGUAGAAUACUAACGACUAUGAGCUAUACCUAAUAUUAAUUUUUGACACUUUAUCAUGUCGUUUUCGCUAUAAAUGUUGUCUUCUAAAGACUGUUUUUAUUAUUUUUUAAACUGCUAUUAAUUAUGACUUUGUGUUUAUAUAUCUUUAUAUUACCUAUUUUAUAUUUUUUUUCACCUUAUACUUCUCCCCAUCCCUCCUUUUUUAUGGCGAUACAAGCUAUUUUUAAUUCUAACAGUAUUUUUAUAAAUUUUAUUUUAAGUUAAUUGCAAUAUUUACGUUGUACCUAAAAAUAUAUAUUUAAUAAUAAUCACGUAUCAAGACUAUAUAAUAUUAUAAUAUACUAAGAUAAUAAUAUUAUAUUAUAUUAACUAUACAGUUAUUCAAAUUGUGUCAAUAUUCAAGACAAUAUUAUAAAACGAUUUUACUUUAUGUACCUACCUACCUUAAUACAACAAUUUAUGUAAUAUCUGAACAUUUUAGUUCCGGAUAUAUUUUUAACUUCACAGAAUUAUUAAUGUUCUUCUAGCCUAUAUUUAUUGUAUUUAUAAUAUUUAUAAUGUACAGUUAGUAUUCACACAUAAUGAAACACUGUUAAUUAUACUUAAAUAUUAUGAUUAUGUUUGUAUUAAGUUCAGUUAAUUAAAUCCCAGUAAACAUUUCGAUAAAACUAUAUUUACUAUACAUUGUAUACUUUUAUGAGAUACAAUCCCGGGUUUCCGGAUCCCAGUCAAUUUUCAGAAUAGUCCUAUAGUAUUUAU